AUGUCAUCAGAGCCGGACGAAGAAUAUGAUCCUGUCGAGGUGGAGAUCAUGCGCCGACUCGAACCGUUGCCGGGAUGCCAAUAUAUGUAUGAAGGCCUUCGCAAGACAGAAACAAAUCCAAAUUUUUUGUACGCCACCGGAAGUGUAAAAAUGCUGGAAUUCAAAAAGACUUCAGAAUUCAAUCUUCUCGGAACCUUGGAAGGAGAUAUCUACAUGAGUGACAUCAGAACCCUUGGAAGAGACUUGUUUUACGAGGAGCAGAUCAUUUAUACCAUUCGCGAUGAUAUGGUUCGCUACGGAAUGGCAGAAAUUUUGAACUGGCAGAAGAGUAUGAAUCAGUAUGAAACAAUUUGCUUCGAUCUCAACACAUGCGGCAUUCAUCUAACCAACUCCACCGCCAACAACUUUCUUCAUCUCAUUGAGAACUUCAAUCAGCUGGUCAGCAAAAUCCAGCCGGAAGACAUCUUUCCAAAGAACUACAUUCUCUUCCCUGCUCAUUACGAUGGACAUUUUUACUGCACGCUCAUUCAUAAUGCGUUGGGAGCUAUGAAAAUGGAAGUGCCAUACCGUGAUGGACGCUGCACAAUGGUUCAUAUUGGAACCAACAACUCGAUGAAUAACUAUGAAAACGUUGUCGUUCCAAACAUCCUGAAGCUUCUGAACCUUUUCACGGAACUGUAUGCGUCAGAGGAGGGAUACGACCGGCUCCUAUUUGAGAAGAUAGAUGUGGUCAAUAAAUUUCUGCCACCAAUGCAAAAGGCAGAGCGCCCGAUCGAAUUUCUUCAUAUGUUCAAGAAGAUUCUGAGUCCGGAGUUUUCCAUUCGUAACUGGAACGAAGCCGUUGACAGCAUUGGCGUCGACAUGGAGAAAACCCUAGCUGAGAUGGCGAAAAUCAGAGAGAACAUGUCUCUGGAUAUCUGUGCGGAAAUCAGAGAGGGCACGGACGAGGUGGCCAAGCAUCUCUACGAGAAGAGAUUGGCGAUCAUCCGGUACGAAGCGAUUCAUGGACCACCUGCCGGGGUUUCAAAUGAGCAGAAAGAUUCGGGAAACCAGGAACAGCCAAAUGAAUGA